CUGGAAUCCGCUUGUCUUUCCCAUUCCCCUUUCACUACUAAAAUUUAUAUUUUUUAAAAACUUAUUUAUUUAAAAUGAAAAUACGUCGUUGAAACGGAUUUGAUUAUAUUGUGUGCCUAUAAUCAAAUAAAAAAUAUUCAUUAGCUUUACCAUACAACUAAAAUAACAUGCCUAAUUAAGCAGUCAAAAUGGGUUUGGAUUUCGAUGUUUUAGAAUUUUGUAAAAAACUUAGACAGAAUCGUCCUCCACCAUACAAGUGUCCUUUGGAGAAGUGCGAUAAAGUAUACAAGAGUUUGUGCGGCUUACAAUAUCAUCUUGUAAAUUAUGAUCACGACAAUCCCACACCGGCGACGCCAGCUGUGGCCAGUAAUCGAAAAAAGGGCGGCAGAACACGAGCGCCAGUGUCCACAGGGGAUAUAGCUCUACAGAGUCCUCCGAAAGAAGCUCUAACGUUCGCUGAAGCGCAGAAAGUCGUGCAAUUUGAGAUCGAUGGCAAGAUCAGUCGUAUACCCAUAGACCAGCCUCUCGCGAUAAUGUCGCUUGAUGAUUGGGAAAAGAAGAAUGCAGAACUUGAGAAACCGAUUCCGUUUGUCGAGCCCAUUCGAGAACCCCAUGUCAAAUUGCCUGAAGCUAGCUUUAAGCUUAUACCAGACUACAAUGAGCGCGUAUGUGACGCCCCUGCUCGUCCCAAUGCCUAUAUUCGGUUCAUUGAGAAAUCAGCAGAAGAGCUUGAUGGAGAAGUGGAGUAUGAUGUUGAUGAGGAAGACACUGAGUGGCUGGCCCUCAUCAACAAGCAGCGAGUGAAGCAGGGCCUGCCGGUUGUUUCCGUUGAUACGUUGGAGCUGUUGAUGGACAGAUUGGAGAAGGAAUCUUAUUUUCAGGCCUCACAAACAGGGCAGCAGACCGCCGCCAUAGUGGACGAAGAUGCAGUGUGCUGUAUUUGCAUGGAUGGCGAGUGUCAGAACACCAAUGUCAUACUGUUCUGUGACAUGUGCAACCUGGCUGUGCAUCAGGAUUGUUAUGGGGUCCCAUACAUCCCGGAAGGUCAAUGGCUCUGCCGGCGCUGUCUUCAGUCGCCAUCGCGUCUUGUCAACUGUGUGCUUUGUCCCAACACUGGUGGUGCAUUUAAACAAACAGAUCAAGGCACAUGGGCGCACGUGGUCUGCGCGCUAUGGAUCCCAGAAGUGCGUUUCGCCAACACUGUCUUCUUGGAGCCCAUUGACUCAAUCGAGAUGAUCCCAGCGGCUCGUUGGAAGCUCCAGUGCAUGGUGUGCAAGCAGCGGGGAGCGGGGGCCUGCAUUCAGUGCCACAAGACCAGCUGCUACUCCGCCUUCCACGUCACAUGCGCUCAGCAAGCCGGGCUGUACAUGAAGAUGGAGGCGGCAGGUUCCGGGCGGGACCCGAGCCAGCCGGUGCAAGUCGCCAAGAUGGCGUACUGCGACGCUCACACCCCACCGCACAUACUGCAGGAACGAAGAGCUCUAGACUCUGAAGGGGAUUCGAAAUCAGUAGACUUGACAGCUAUUAGACAAAAAGGCAGAGAGAAAAUAAUACAGGCCCGACGAGUCCUAGCACUAAAACGCACAUGGUCCCCUGUUGUGUUAGUGCCAACCUUGCCAGCGGAACGGGUGUCGGAAGUGGCUCGACUCGCGCCAGGGCCGCCAACCGCGCGGGCGCAACUCAUGAAAAGACUGUUACCUUACUGGACUCUGAAGAGGCACAGUCGUAAUGGGGUACCGUUGUUGAGACGGUUGCAGAGUUUGACCAGCCAUCAUGGUACCCGAGGCAUCCCAGACGGCACUGUGAACGUCCGGGAGCUCUGCAACCAACUGAAGUACUGGCAAAGGAUACGGCAGGAUUUAGAGAGAGCAAGGUUGCUGUGCGAGCUGGUCCGCAAGCGCGAGCGGCUGAAGGCGGAGUACACGCGCGUGUGGGAGCGCUGCGUGCUGCACUCGCUGCGGCCCGCGCGCGCCGCGCUGCACCAGCUGCUGCGCGCGCUGCGCCGCCGCGACGCCAGCGACAUCUUCACCGAGCCGGUGGAUCUGCAGGAGGUACCAGACUACAGUACCAUAGUGAAACACCCGAUGGACUUAAGUACUAUGGGCAAGAAACUCGACCGAGGGGCUUACAAGACCAUAGACGAUGUAGAGGCAGACUUCAAACUCAUGAUAGACAACUGUCUCACAUACAACAACAAGGACACCGUGUUUUACAAGGCGGGUAUAAAAAUGCGCGAGCAAUGUCUGCCAAUAUUCCGUCAAGCGCGCAGAGACGUUCGCGAGGCGGGACUUUCAGAUAUAGCGGGCGUGGGCUCCGCUAGUUCUAGUCCUGAACGAAACGAGCGAGCAGAACGGAAUGAGCGAGCGGAGCGUAAUGAGCGAGCGGAGCGCAACGAGCGAGCGGACCGAAGUGAGAGAUCGGAGCGCAGUGAGCGAGCGGAGCGUGUCGAGCGAAUGGAACGGAGAAGGAGUCUUGAUGUAAGGAGCAGAGCCAGCAGAAGUCGAAGGAGUAGCAGUGAUAGUGAUAGAACUGCAGAUACUAGGAGCGAGCGUGGCGUGUCGGUAGCUCGCAGUGAGAGGAGACGCUCCAGUGUACGAGACUCUGACGAAGAUAACAAAUCGCAGCGAGACGAAUCUCCGGCGGGCGCCGCGGGCCGCAGCUGGCGGCGCGGGCGCGGGCGGGGGCGCGGGCGCGGGCGGCGCGGUCGCGGGCGGAUCGCGCACAGCACGGCCCGGCGGCCGCAUGACGAAACUCCGACAUCCGGUUCAGAGACGCCCGUGGCGCCGCGCAAGAGUGUGGAGAGAACACACAAACUGUCCACGCCGGAGAAGUCGCCAGUCAAGAGUGAAUCUACUACCAGUCUCGGUCUGAUGGGAGGUCUCAGAAAGCCGACUUUGCUAGUGUCGCCAUCUACACUCGCUACUCCGCCGAAAAGUUUCGGAUCUGACGCAACCCUGCCGACGCUGUCGGCGAGCCUCGGGCUGCCCGCGGAGUCCCCCAAGAAGAAGGGCCGCGGCCGCCCGCGCAAGCACGACAAGGGCAAGGCCGCCUCCUCGCCGGACCUGUUCAGGAACUCCGCGGGCAAGCCGGCGUCUACUCCAGUGCCGGCGUCGUUCCUGCAGUACCGCGGCCCGCCCGGGGAAGUGGGCUCCGACAGCGACCUCGCGUUAUCAAGAUCGUCCAGCAGCAGCUCGGUGUGGUCUCAGUCGUGUUCGUCCUGCACACACUACGAUGAAGACAACGCGUCAGACCACUCCUGCGAUCUCUCCACCUCCGACGGGUCGAGUUACAACGAGACGCUGGAGUCCACGGUGUCGGGCGGCAGCGGCCCCGAGCGCCGCCGCACCCGCCGGCAGGACCUCGCCGACAGCUCCCCACGCAAGGGUCGCGGCACUCGUUCGUCGUGUAAGACGCCGGUGAAGAACUCGCCGGAACUCCAUCUCGAGCCCUUGCAACUCGUGUGGGCCAAGUGCAGAGGGUACCCAUGGUACCCAGCACUAAUCAUCGAUCCGAAAAUACCAAAAGGCUUCGUGUACAACGGUGUUCCACUGCCUGUCCCUCCGCAAGACGUACUCAACCUUAAGAAGAAUCAUUCCCACGAACCCAUCCUCUACUUGGUUCUCUUCUUCGACGUCAAAAGAACUUGGCAGUGGCUGCCUCCGAAUAAACUCGAGCUCUUAGGCAUAGACAAGAGCGUAGACCAGGCAAAACUCAUAGAAUCUCGGAAACCCACAGACAGGAAGGCGGUUAAAAAAGCUUAUGGCGACGCCAUGCAGUUCAGAAAACAGGUGGAUGGAGACGACAAAUGACAAAGGUUUCGCUGCAGGUCUCGGAGACCUCCUAGGAAUAGAACAUUCACUUUUGGGAAUUUCUCCUUGAUGCAUAUCAGGACGCCUGAUGACACUACAGAUUCUAGUGAUUAGGUUGGUCUUUUUUUGCUUUUAUUUAUUUGUUAUUUUCUCGUUUUGCAAACCAAAUGAAAUAAGAGAGAUACAUCAAAUAAAAAUGAUCAUAAGUUUCUAAGUCUUUGUGAAAUCUUUACAUUAGAAAUAACUGUUGCCAUACAAAUAGCGGGAUGGUAUGGUAAAAUUUAUCAAAAUCAUUCUGUAUAUAAAGUACUAUAAAGGUUAGAAGGAUGUGGGGUGAGAACUUGCCGUGUUGGAAUAUAAUAUCUAUGGAUGUAGGUAGGUGUGUUAAAACUAUAAUUAGAAUAUAAAAAACGUAAGUAUGAACAACAUAAGAAACAAAAAUUGUAAAGGGGCUAUAAUAAGUAAAAUCAUAAUGAUUAAAGAUUAAGGCUAAUGUUGUCUUUGUAAGCGUUACAGAAUAGGGUAAUAUUUUAAUUGGAAAACGGUAUGUGCUAUAACAAUUCUCUAAGUUUUGACGUACGUGAUGUGAAUAGUUUGAUUAAUUUUAAGCCUACUAAAAUUUGUUAAAUUUGACGAUUUUUGCGUAAUUAAUAUUCAAAGAUCUGUGAACCAAGUAAUCCUUAGACAUGUAUGAAGCAAAAUGAAUUUGUAUAUGUAGUUUUGAAUAUGCAUACUAAACUUAGGACGCCAGCGUAUUUUGGAAAUGAAUUUGAAAAAUAGAAAAUUGGUGUAUUCUUCAAAUACUUAUAUAAAAUUUAGACCAUCAAACAAUAUCGUCACAGCUCACAGCAGAUAUAGAGCAAGAGCCCGUGAACGCCAGACAUACCUUAUUUUGUAAAAGCUGAAAGUUUCUGUAAAUAUGCCUCUAGUACAGGUAGGAACGAUCCCCACCUAUGGUACUCAGGCAGUGGUUGCUUUGGCAGGUAGCAGGUAAUAAAGGUAUACUUUUUUCAACCUGAAAUUCAUUAAUUUGUAAAGCUCAAUUUUUUGAUAUUUAUUUAAAUAUCAAAAAAUUUAGCUUUAAUAUCAAUAAAUUAAAACUAAACAUGUAUAUAAAUGUCUGAAAAAUAAAUUAUUUUUCUAGUAUCAAGAUCAAGUAAAAUACAGGUGGGGAUCGUUCCUACUUGUACUAGAGGCAUAUUAAACAGAAACUUUCAGCUUUUACAAAAUAAGGUAUGUCUGGCGUUCACGGGC